GGGAAGCUGGUGCCCGACCGCGGGCGGAAGUAGUAGAGGUGAUUGCAGCAGCAUGGCGGCUGAUGGGUCAGACCCGUUGAACCUCUUCAUCAGCAUCGGGUUGAGCGAAAGCAAGGCGCGCGAGACUCUUCGGAACGAGGCGCUCACCGCGUUGCUCCGCGAGGCAGUCGUACAGGCUCAAGGAAUUCUUGGCUCAGCUGUUGACAAGACAGUCGGAACUCUCUUAUACAAUGUAGCCUCCCGGCUUAAGGAUCCAAAGCAUCUCGGCUUCCUUGUGAAGUACAUUGCUAGCAAGAAGAUUGUUACAGAUCUGCAGGUCAAUGCUGCUCUGGAGUACAUUAAAAGCCACCCAGUGGACCCCAUGGAUGUCACAGACUUUGACAGAGAGUGUGGUAUUGGUGUGACUGUGACACCGGAGCAGAUUGAAGAGGCGGUGGAAGCUGCCAUUAGCAAACACAGAGCCCAGCUCAUUUCAGAGCGCUAUCGAUUUAACAUGGGUCUGCUGAUGGGCGAGGCACGGAGCAAGUUGAAAUGGGCCGAUGGCAAAAUAAUUAAGAACGAGGUAGACCUGCAGGUUCUUCACUUGCUGGGCCCAAAGACAGAAGCUGAUCUGGAAAAGAAGCCAAAGGCCUCAAAGCCCCGUGCUGCUGAACCAGAGAAGAAGGGGAAGGCAUCUGUGGUGGAAAAUGGUGAUGUGUUCCAGGAGACAAAAUCUCUCAUGGAGCAGCUGAGGGGUGAAGCACUCAAAUUCCACAAGCCAGGUGAGAACUACAAGACAGAAGGCUAUGUUGUCACACCCAACACCAUGAACCUGCUGAAGCAACAUCUGGAAAUCACAGGCGGACAGGUGCGCACACGAUUCCCACCUGAGCCCAACGGCAUUCUGCACAUUGGCCAUGCCAAAGCCAUCAACUUCAACUUUGGCUUUGCCAAGGCUAAUGGUGGGAUUUGUUUCCUGCGCUAUGAUGACACAAAUCCUGAAAAAGAGGAGGAGAAGUAUUUUACAGCCAUCCGUGACAUCGUGGAGUGGUUAGGAUACACCCCGUGCGCAGUGACCCAUGCCUCUGACUACUUUGACCAGCUGUAUGCCUGGGCUGUGGAUCUUAUCCAGAGGGGCUAUGGUUACGUUUGCCACCAGAAGGUGGAAGAAAUAAAAGGACAUAACCCACCCCCUUCUCCAUGGCGGGACCGGCCAGUGGAGGAGUCACUUGUGCUCUUUGAGGACAUGCGCAAAGGAAAGUUUGCAGAAGGUGAGGCCACGCUGCGCAUGAAGCUGGUGAUGGAGGAUGGAAAGAUGGACCCAGUUGCUUAUCGCAUCAAGUACACUCCCCACCAUCGUACUGGGGAUAAAUGGUGCAUCUACCCCACCUACGACUACACACACUGCCUCUGUGAUUCCCUGGAGAACAUCACGCACUCGCUCUGCACCAAAGAAUUCCAGGCCAGACGCUCGUCUUACUUCUGGCUGUGCAAUGCUCUGGAUGUGUACUGCCCUGUGCAGUGGGAGUAUGGGCGCCUCAAUCUCCUCUACACAGUGGUCUCCAAACGCAAGAUAAUUCGCCUUGUAGAUGCAGGUGCUGUCAGGGACUGGGAUGAUCCGCGGCUCUUUACUCUGACAGCUCUGCGGCGCCGCGGCUUUCCACCGGAGGCAAUCAACAAUUUCUGCGCUAGGGUGGGUGUGACGGUUGCCCAAUGCACAAUGGAGCCCCACAUGCUGGAAGCCUGUGUGCGGGAGGUGCUGAAUGAACAGGCGCCUCGUGUCAUGGCAGUUCUGGAGCCCCUGCGUGUGACCAUCACCAACUUUCCUGUACCACACAAAACCUUAGAAGUCCGUGUUCCCAAUUUCCCUGCUGAUGAGACCAAAGGUUUCCACAUAGUCCCUUUCCAGCCAACCGUCUACAUUGAACAGAGUGACUUCCGGGAGGUACCAGAUAAAGGCUACAAGCGCCUGGCGCCUGGUCAGCCAGUGGGUUUGAGGCACACUGGCUACGUCAUUGCUGUCCAGAACAUAAUUAAGGACACCAGCGGACACGUACGAGAGCUAGAGGUGACCUGUACAAAGUCAGAGGCAGCAGAGAAGCCCAAAGCUUUUAUCCAUUGGGUGUCGGAUCCUCUAACGUGUGAGGUUCGACAGUAUGAACGACUCUUCCUGCACAAAAAUCCCGAAGACCCCACAGAGGUGCCAGGGGGCUUCCUGAGCGAUGUCAAUCCUGACUCCCUCCAUGUGAUUGAAGAGGCUCUGGUGGACAGAUCUGUGUGUGGGGCUGAGCACUUUGCCAAAUUCCAGUUUGAGCGGCUUGGCUAUUUCUCAGUAGAUCCUGACAGCACAAGUGCAAAGCUCGUGUUCAACCGGACAGUGACCCUGAAAGAGGAUCCUGGCAAGGUGUGAAGAAGCAUCCAUGUUGGUUUCUAGUCACAAACAAGGUUGCUCAGGAGUUGCUCUUCCCUUCCCCGCAUGGCUGGGGGUGGAGGUGGCAUGCAGCACCAGCACAGUUGUCUGCUCUAGUGCCACAGUUGCCUUAACUUGCAUCCUGGAUACAGAACCAUCACAUCAAUAAAGAGAAGCCCCCCCAAA